UGCUACUCAAAGGAAAAGGCUCACUUGAUCACCUCAAUCAUGCAAUAUCCCAUGUUAUUUCCCGUCUCUAUUUUCAUCAUCUCUGUAAUCAUUUUGUUCACACGCUAUAAAUCACGUGCAAAAUUCAACUUACCACCGUCACCACCGAGGUUACCAUUGAUCGGAAACCUUCACCUUCUCGGCUCCCACCCACACCGUUCUCUACUAGCACUCUCAACCAAAUAUGGCCCAUUAAUGCUCUUGCAAAUGGGUCAAGUCCCAACCCUUGUAGUUUCAUCUUCAGAAAUGGUGAAAGAGAUUGUUAAGAAGCACGAUGUUGUUUUCUCUGACCGACCUAAAAUCUCCGCCGCUAACAUCUUCUGUUAUGGGUGUCAAGACCUAGGCUUUGCUCCUUAUGGUGAGUAUUGGAGACAAGUCAGGAAAGUUAGUGUUCUCGAACUCUUGAGUCUCAAAAGGGUUCAACAAUUCCACUUCGUGAGGGAAGAAGAGACAAAUCUUUUGGAUAAUAAGGUCAGAAAAGGUUGUGCCGAUAGGGCUUGUAUAAAUCUCAGUGAGAUGUUAGUCGCCACUUCUAACAACAUAGUCUCUAGAUGUAUUCUUGGGCAGAGGUUUGAGGAGGAAAAUGGUCAGAGCGUAUUCGGAGAGCUGGCGAGAAAGGUCAUGGAAGAUUUUGCGGCCUUUAGUUUUGAAGAUUUCUUCCCCAGCAAAUAUUUGAGAUGGAUUGACGUUGUUACGGGGUUUACAGGUCGCUUGACCCGGAGGUUUAGAGCAUUAGACACUUUUUUCGAACAAUUGGUUCAAGAACACAAGGAAGUACUUAAUAGUGAUCACAAUGGAUUUGGAAGGAAAGACUUUGCGGGUAUUCUUCUCGGACUUCAAAAGGACGGCAUGCUUGACUUUGACCUCACUCAUGAAAACAUCAAAGGAAUUCUCAUGGAUAUGUUCGUGGGUGCCAGUGAUACUACUUCGGCAGCAAUGGAAUGGUUAAUGGCAGAGCUUGUGAAAAACCCAAGAGUGAUGAAGAAAGUUCAAGAAGAGGUUAGAAGAGUGGUGGGAAAUAAGUCUGAGAUCGAUAUGAACGAUAUCAACCAAAUGGAUUACUUAAAAUGCGCCAUUAAAGAAAAUCUAAGGCUACACCCACCACUCCCUUUUUUACUCCCUCGAAAGACUUUAUCAAGUGUUAAGCUUGGAGGGUAUGACAUCCAAGAAAACACAAGAGUGCUCAUCAAUGUAUCUGCCAUUCAAAGGGACCCAAGUGAGUGGGACAAUCCAGAGGAAUUUUUUCCAGAGAGGUUUGAGAACAACCCAAUUGAUUGCAAAAUGGGCCAAGACUUCCAAUUCGUUCCAUUUGGCAUUGGGAGAAGAGGCUGCCCUGCUGUGGCUUUUGGGACUAUAACUGUUGAAUAUGUGAUUUCUCAUCUAUUAUAUUGGUUUGACUGGACGUUGCCUGCUAAUGACGGUGGAACUGCAUUGGCAUCGGAACUGGAUAUGAGUGAAGAUUGUGGAAUCACUGUUCAUAAGAAAACUUCUCUUCAACUAGUACCCAAACCAUAUUCCCCUGAUCUAUUGACAUAAUGUUUAUAUAUAUAAAUAUAUAUAUAUAUUUACAUAUUAUUUAUGUGCUGUACGCUUUCCAAACUAUUUGGAAAUUAUAAUAAAAACUAUGUAUAAUUUUUUAUUCAAUGGAUUCCUAUUUGUUUUU